AUGACUACAAGUAAAAGCUCAACAACAGCAACGACAAUUAUAGCAAUAAGUAAACCACCAAGUACAAUUUGUAGUGGAUUUAUUGAUAUUCAUGGUAUAUGGAAUAAUGGUUUUGCAUGUCCCAUUCAAAAUUCUAUUCAAUAUUUUUGUUGUGGUACAGAUAAUUAUCAUUAUUGUUGUACACCAGAUCGUUUUUUAUCGGAUAUAAUUUCUUAUAAUGAUCAAAUUUUUAUAUCUGGUCAAUAUCAAUCAUCAAAUCAUAUUAUAAUGGAUCAAACAAGUAGUAAUUCAUUAAUUAAUAAUUCAAAUAUAAUAAAUAAACAAUUUGAACAAUUUCAAAAAGUUUUUUUACCAAUUUUUUUAUUAACAUCAAGUAUACUUUUCCUUGUUGGUCUUGCUAUAUGGUUUUGGUUAUAUAAACAUAAAGUAUUCUAUGCAACAGAACGAGAUGAUACAACUGAACGUAAUCCUACAAGAAGAAAAACAUCAAAAUCAAUACAUAAUAAUGAUUUGGAUAAAAAACGAAAAGAAAGUAUUCGUAUACCUCUGGAAGAACAAUCUGAACAUACAUCAUAUCCAUCAACAGAAGUUUAA